GCAGGUUUUGAACCAGCUUGUGAGUCAGCGACCAACUGCUAGGUGUAUCAGGGUGCAUCAUGUCGGGCUACCGCCAGGACCGUGACAUCUCGGGCCAUACCGCCAGGGCCCCCCGGCAGCAGGAGGUGAAGGCGCCUAUCCGCUCAGCCCUGGUGACCGGUGGGGCAAGGCGUCGAAACUUGGAGAAGAGCGAGGUCACGGCGUUCAUGCGAGAUAUUGGACUUCCACAAUAUGCCGAGGUGCUGCGAGAUCAUGGUUUUGAGGACAUGGAGACCUUGCUUGGGAUCGAGGAGGAACAUAUGCGGGACAUUGGGAUGCCAGCAGGGCAUAUCGUGAAGCUGAAGCGACAUCUGCGAGAUGCAGACAAAGUUUCUAUGGGAGGCAUGAACUCAAUGACCCAGAUGCAAGUUGCUUCUCUGGCCCGGCCACUCCAGGCCAAAGGCUUUUCACCCAGCCAGUCCAACAUGACAGCGGUGCAGUUGAGCUGGCAGCAGGUGAAACAGCUCGGCACAGAUGUGGUCGGUGGCCUUUUCUACAAGAAGUUCUUCAUGUUGGAGCCCUCUGCCAAGGCCUUGUUCCCAAUGUCCAUGCGCUUGCGCUACAAGGACUGGGAUACUGAUGAGGAAGAAGGAGAAGAUCCUUCCAAUUCCCCGGCACUUCGCAAGCUUUGGGCAAAAUUCAUCACGGUGGUUGGCAGUGCAGUUGCUGGAAUCCAAGACACAGCAAAGUUGGUGCCCAUGUUGCAACAACUGGGCAUGCGCCAUGUUGGAUAUGGCCUGAAGCCAGAAUACUUCGACCUUGCUGGAAAGAUUCUCAUCGAAGUUCUGGCGGAGUGGCUGGGGGAAGGCUUCACCAAAGAGGUGGAAAAUGCCUGGGUCAUGGUGUCUGGCUUCAUGGUUGCCACCAUGCAUGGUGGUUACCUGAUGGCCGCAGCCGAGUUGAAGGCCAAAGAAAAGCAAGUCUUUGUGUCAUCGCUGAAAGAUUAUUCACCUCCAGCUUCCACUGCUGGCAGUGAUUUUGAGAGCAAAACCUCCCGCCAGGCCACACCUGAAGAUGAGAUCAAAGAGGAUCAAACCUCUGAUCGCGGCGACUCCCAAGUUCUCAGCUUCCAUCCAGAGGGCUGUGAGUCGAUGGCCUCACCCUGAUGACUGGGCCAAAAGCGCUGCAGGUUGGUGGGUGACUUUGCUGGGGUGUAUCCUAUCAAGCGUUUCCAAACAUCAACUGACCUGCACCGUUUUCCAGCUCUUGCGGCCCUAUGGCAGUCGGCGCUUACAGGAAAGACGUGCACCCCACCGUUCCGAGAGCCGUCUUGCGCCUUGCGCACAAUUGCUUUUUUCUUUUUUGUCUAGGAAAUGACUUGUUUCGAGUGCACGGGCUGCACAACGUGGCGCUUCUGUUCACUCUUGUAAAGAUCGGCAUAAGAAUUGAAGCAGGGAACAUCGGAGAAAACAUGUUGCUGCUCAG